AGGAGGAUGGAGAGGGUAUAGGGGGCGGGGCCGCCGUUCGCGUCGCAGGCUUGCUUCAGCGGGCGGAGCAGAUGGUGCUUGCCUUUGGUCCUCAGCGAGAAACGGACUGUAUGGACGCCGCGAAACUACGUCCUGAGGUGCGAGGCGGAAGCGGGGACCACUUGGACCUGAAAGGCUAGAAGAUCCAGGUUCCCGGUGGGGAAGGCGUGUCGGGGCGUCAGGCACACGGGACCCGGGAGCAGAUCACUUUAAAUUUGGAUCACCAUUUAAACACUUUAAGUGAUCUUUUCUUGUUUUAUUUUGCUCAUGACACUUUAUUAGCUACCUGGUCAUUUUUGUAUCUGAAUUCAUCAAGUAAAAUAUAUGGAUGACUGGGAAUGUACACGAGAACGAGCUGUUUGUUUUGUGAUGGCUUUCAGCAUAUGCUGACAUACUGUUCUGCGAUGGCAUCGGAGACUGAGAAGUCUCAUGCUUUACUCCAGUCGUGCAGCACUGAAUCUCUUCUUUCCAGCCUUGGUCUGGGCUUAUUCUGCGCAGUAGCUGACAGACUUCUUCAGUUUCCCAUAAUUCAACAAAAUGCCUGGCUUCGUGCACUUUCAGAUAACUCAGUACACUGCGUGAUUGGCAUGUGGUCAUGGGCAAUAGUCAUUGGAAUCAGGAAGAAGACUGACUUUGGAGAAAUCAUUUUAGCUGGGUUUUUAGCCUCUGUUAUUGAUAUAGACCACUUUUUGCUAUCUGGAUCCCUGUCUUUAAAGGCUGCUCUGAGUCUUCCACGACGCCCUUUCCUUCACUGUUCUACUGUGAUACCCACUGUGGUUCUGACCCUAAAGUUUACAAUGCACUUUUUCAAGCUCAAAGACUCAUGGUGCUUUCUUCCCUGGAUGUUAUUUAUAUCAUGGACCUCACACCACAUCCGAGAUGGAAUUCGCCAUGGCUUGUGGAUAUGCCCAUUUGGAAAAACUUCUCCUUUGCCAUUUUGGCUUUAUGUAAUAAUCACGUCAUCUCUACCUCACAUCUGUUCAUUCGUUAUGUAUUUCACAGGGACCAGACAAAUGAUGUCUUCAAAACAUGGAAUUCAUAUUGAUGUGUGAGAUAACCACAUGGCAGUCUUUGAGAACCACUGGUUGAGACGAUGACAACCAACAUUAAAAUGAAUUUAAAACACA